AUGGCCUUAUCUCAGCUCUCUGCGUCUCUCGCCUUCUCUCUUCCCAAUCCUGGCGCCAUAAAGCUAGCCAGAAUCACAAACCCUAGUUCUACUUGUGGGGUUCAUGUACCACAACUUGCUGGAAGCCGAUCUACCUUCGCUUCUGGUUCUCCUCUCUUGCCAUUGAAGAUGAGGAUGACUCGUGGAGGAGGAAGAAGUGGAAAGAGAGGAGCACCAGUUUCCAUUAGAAGCGAGCAAAGUACAGAAGGAGGCAACGGUUUGGACAUAUGGCUUGGUCGUGGCGCUAUGAUUGGUUUUGCAGUCGCCAUUACUGUUGAGGUCGCCACUGGCAAAGGACUUCUUGAGAACUUUGGGGUAGCGAGUCCAUUGCCCACGGUUGCUUUGGCUGUUACAGCAUUGGUUGGUGUUCUAACUGCGGUUUUCAUCUUCCAGUCUUCUUCUAAAAACUGA